CCAUCAAAAAUGACAUAUUCUUCAUAUUCUCUAGGUUAUGAUGGGAAAUGUUUUCUUAUUAGAAAACGUGUUUUGUUUUUUGUUUUAUUUUUCACCUUAGGUUCCACAAAUAUGCAGCAACUUUACCAAACAGCUCAAGAGCAAAGCUCCAAUUUUCAACAAUUCCAGUUUGUACUGAUCAAAUCAACCAAUCAGAAUGGGCAAGAAAAAAAAAACACUGCCUAGCGCGCUCACUGAUAGACAAACACGCAAAAAAAUAAAUAAAUAAAUAAAUAAUUGUGUCAGUUAAUCAUCAUCAUCUACCAAGGAACUUGCACAAACACGUGAUUUACGAUUGAACCAGUGCCUCUCAGAAUGAAUCAAGUGAAGACAGAUGAGAAAUAUCAGCUGCAUGUUGACCAGCAAAAGAGCUUCAAACAGAACAACACUCCGGUCAACUUCCAAAUCAGUACACAGAACCUGACAUCAAUUGCCACGGCCAGCACACGCACACCUAGUCCUCCACCAGAAACCUGCACCCCUGGUGACCUGACUGGCUGCCAGCUGCGUAAUCCCACUUCCAGCCUCCCUCAGGGUGUUGCAGGGCCCAGUGCUCACAGCUCCCAGAAACUUAUAGAGGAUGCCUUACAGAAGAGGGAGCUGCGCUUGAUGAAGAACAGGGAAGCUGCCCGUGAGUGUCGGCGGAAGAAGAAGGAAUAUGUCAGGUGCCUUGAGAAUCGCGUGGCCGUGCUGGAAAAUCAAAAUAAGACUCUGAUAGAAGAGCUUAGAGCCUUAAAAGACAUCUAUCGUCACAAAGUGGAGUGAUGGGGAAUCGGGAUUGUGUGGACUGUGUCGGUUUGUUUCUCCACUCCAACGAACACACACCCUUGUAGUUGCUGAUUAAAUGUGUUUACACAGUGA